GUGUCAAAAAGUGUUUGAUUUGCAAAGACGUGGUUCAGUCGAGGAAUAAAAUCGAAGAGUGUUUAGUCUGUUCUGACAAGAAGUCAAGCAUUUUAUUUAAGCCCUGCAAUCAUCUGUGCGCCUGUGAGGGCUGUGCGCCUCUCAUGAAAAAAUGUGUUCAAUGUCGAGCCAAUAUAGAUCAGGUCGUGCCAUUCAUUGUCUGCUGCGGAGGAAUCGCUCCACCACCACCGCAACAGCAGCUAAACAACAAUCAAAACAUGGGCCCACUUAUGAAUAACGGCGCCCGCGAUGUCACUAAUAAUGACAUUCAGAAACUGCAGCAACAACUGCAGGACAUCAAAGAUCAGACUAUGUGUCCGGUUUGCUUGGAUCGCAUCAAAAACAUGAUCUUCCUGUGCGGUCACGGGGCGUGUCAGAUGUGCGGCGACCGGAUGUCCAUUUGUCCCAUUUGUCGCAAUUCCAUUGAGAAACGAAUACUACUCUAUUGAGACACCGCUUACCCCUUCACAGCCCACCCACCCGUCCGCUCCAUUCAUUUCAAUCCGAUUCUCAAGCGUUUGAUUUGAUUUUCACAUUUAAUUCCCAUUAUUAUCGGGAGUGAAGUCAUCCUUAAGUGAUUUGUCUAUGAAUUUGUGUUUUAUUUAGCGUUUAUUAUAGCGAUUCUGUUCUCUCUUAAUAUACAAUUUUUUUUGUGAAACAAAUUAUUUUCGUUUUAUUUUGUUUUAUAUUUUGGUCUCAAUUUAGACG